GAUGCUGUCCAAAAUAGUUGUCGUCGGCGUUGUGCUAUGCUGCUCAUUUUUCUUAAUGGUUGUUGUGCAGGGUCAAGCAGUGGUUACAGACGCAGAUCCGUCCGAGUAUCCAUACUUGGUUCGGAUUCACGUUUUUUACCCUGGCGUCCCUCUUGAUAUAACCCUUCCUGGAAUGGUGGUCAGCAGUAAAUUCGUGCUAACCACUAUUCCGACAAGCUUUUUAAGCUCCUAUAAUUUCACAAUGACUGACCAGUUUGGCGAGGUUCGACCCCAUGUCAAAAUCGGACCAAUCUUAGACGGCCGGUUUACAUAUUCCAAAGUAUGUAACAAAUUUCGUGGAGCAAAGUAUCCGCUCCGUGAAAGCGACUUUAAAAAUGUGACGGACGCCAUCCCUGACGCGCAGCUCCUUUCUUUCAAUAUCACAUCGCCGGUCCUGAGAAAGGUGACUGUCCCUGUGAUGAGCAACACCGACUGCGCUACCGCUACGGCCUCAGACGCCGCAAACAUUACCAAUAUGUGCGUGGAUGUCAGUGGUUUUACGGACUUGUGCCAGGUCUUCUCUUAUAAAAGUAUAGCAUAUGAAUCUGCUUGGGGUCCAAUGCUAGCGAUUGGUGGCCAGGUACAAGGCUUACCUUCUUCUAAUAGCGGUGAAGACUCAUGCAACGGAUCUUAUUGGCAAUUUGCAAACCUCGCAGUUUACCGCCAGAAUUUGACUACUGAAAUUCCUGAAGUGGAUAUCUUUUAGUAAGAGAUUUUUCCGAUCGGAAAAUAUUAUUUGUCAACACAAUAAAUUUUC